GGGUGGUCCUCGCAGUCCCGGGCGCAGUGCCGAAGCCUCCCCGCCAGCCGAGAGUCUCCCGCCCGCAGGUCAUUCCAGAAAGAUGAGGAUAUAUAGUAUCUUUACAUUCAUGGCUUACUGUUGUUUGCUGAAAGCAUUUACUAUCACAGUUCCCAAGGACCUGUAUGUGGUAGAGUAUGGCAGCAAUGUGACAUUGGAAUGCAAAUUUCCAGUAGACAAACAAUUAAACCUGUUGGCAUUAGUUGUUUACUGGGAAAUGGAGGAUAAGAAAAUUAUUCAGUUUGUGAAUGGGGAGGAAGACCUGAAUGUUCAGCACAGUAGCUACAACCAGAGGGCCCUGCUGUUGAAGGACCAGCUCUCCUUGGGAAAGGCCGCACUUCAGAUAACAGAUGUGAAAUUGCAGGAUGCAGGGAUUUACUGCUGCUUGAUCAGCUAUGGCGGUGCUGACUACAAGCGGAUUACUUUGAAAGUCAAUGCUCCAUACCGCAAAAUCAACCAAACAAUUUCUGUGGAUCCAGUCACCUCUGAACAUGAACUAACGUGUCAGGCUGAGGGUUACCCUGAGGCUGAAGUCAUCUGGACAAGCAGUGACCACCGAGUCCUGAGUGGUAAAACCACCAUCACCAGUUCCAGGAGAGAGGAGAAGCUUUUCAAUGUGACCAGCACACUAAGAAUCAACACAACAGCUAACGAGAUUUUCUACUGCAUUUUUCGGAGAUUAGGUCAUGAGGAAAACAGUACAGCUGAGUUGGUCAUCCCAGAACCAUAUCCAGAUCCAGCAAAAAAGAGGACUCACUUGGUGAUUCUGGGAGCUCUCCUGUUGUUCCUUAGUGUAACCCUGACAAUCAUCUUCUGUCUAAAAAGAGAUGUGAGAAUGAUGGAUGUGGAAAAAUGUGGCACCCGAGAUAUGAACUCAAAGCAGCAAAAUGAUACACAAUUUGAGGAGACGUAAUCCGACGUUGAAACUUCUGAUCUUAAAGCAGGGAUUCUCAGCCUGUGGUUUGAGUUCGUCAGGGUUAGGCAUGGCCAGAGGCAUGCAAUGGGCCAGUGGACUGCAGAUGAUGUAGAACUUAAAAGGCUCAAGCUCUGAAAAUGGAAGCUGGGAAAGAAGAGGAGAACAAAGGAAGAAGGAGUAAAAAAGGUAACCUUAGCCUGGAAGGGAACCUUGAUACUUCAAAAUAACUGGGAGACUCAUCAAUGCAUAUGAAAAGGAGAAAGGACACUUCUGAAUGAUAAAUCUCCAUGCAAAUUAUCCAUCACUCAUCCUAGGAAAACAGGUUGAGAUUCCCUGAUUUAAUGGUCAGUUCCUGCAGAAGUGCCCUUUGCCUUCACUCAGUGUUGAUUUGUCUUCUGGGUAAUUGAGAGUCUCUGUGUUGCAACAGUACUUAAGUAUGAGUUAUUUUAAUUUAUUUUGAGUCUGUGGGGUCUUGUCAUGUAAGUGUGGUUGUGAGUGAUUUCUUUUGAAGAUAUGCUGUAUUAGAAGUUAAGAUUAUGUCACCAGACCAAACUUACUGCUUGAUGACUUGUGUGUGUCCAGCAAAAUAUAGUAUUUGUAAGUUGCUUGAUAUCCUCUAUAACUAUCAGUACAUAGGAACCAUAGAGAACAAACCAUUGGUUUGUAUAGGAUAUUACCUUAUUUAACCCAUUGAUACUUUGACUGACUUGGAUAAUCUUAUUCUCAGACCUCAAAGUAAGAUACAUUACCAAAAUAUCUGUUACGUUUAAGUAUCAGCUUUACAACUAUGUGUACACAUAAUCUCAUUUCAUCCCUGUAGCAGCUGUGUUGUAGCAAGCACUAUUAUUCUACCCAUUUCACAGCUGAGGGAGCAGAGAUAAAAUAACUUGCCCAAGACAAUAAACAGCAGACCUCAGAUUUCCAAGACUGUCACCCACUGUCCUUUUAUUUAUUUAUUUAUUUUAACUGAGGUAUAGUUGAUUUACAAUGUUGUGCCGAUCUCUGCUGUACAGCAAAAGUAACUCAGUUAUACACAUAUACACAUUCUUUUUAACAUUUUUUUUAAUUAAAAAAAUUUUUUUUACCCGCUGUCCUUUUAGAAUACAAUUUACAGCUCUGUUUUACUUUAAGAAAUUCUUUCAUUCAGUGAACAUUUAGGAAGCACCCUACCAUGUCAGUCACUGUGCCAGGCUGAGUAUACAGAUGUGAGCAAGAUAAAGCACUUCCCCUCGAGGAGCUCAUGGUAUGAUGCGGACAGCAGUAAGAAAACGUAUUGCUACAAUGUGGUGCAUUAUCAUAGUAUAAGGUGUUCGAGGAGAAUGCUUGUAUGAGGAGGAAAGUCUAGAAAUGCUGCCAAAGGAGGGGACGCUCUGGGUAGCCAGCCAGUGUGUUCCUGGACAGUUGAAAAUACUUAAACAUUGUAAUAAUCAAAGCAAUUUUAGUUUAUGAGAUGUCAGAUUUUUUAAAACUGUGGAAAACAGCUCUUGAAUUCCUUUUCUAUCACUAUAUUUACCCGUGAUUUGUUUGCCUUUGCCAUGCAAUUUGAUGUUUAUUUAUAUAGUGCCUAGUAUUGUCUAGCAGUUUUCUUUUUUUAAUUUUUUUAAUUUUUUAAUUUUUCUAUUUUUUUAUUUUUUUAAAAUUUAUUUAUGGCUGUGUUGGGUCUUCGUUUCUGUGCGAGGGCUUUCUCCAGUUGCGGCAAGCGGGGACCACUCUUCAUCGCGGCGUGCAGGCCUCUAACUAUCGCGGCCUCUCUUGUUGCGGAGCACAGGCUCCAGACGCGCAGGCUCAGUAAUUGUGGCUCACGGGCCCAGUUGCCCCGUGGCAUGUGGGAUAUUCCCAGACCAGGGCUCAAACCCGUGUCCCCUGCAUUGGCAGGCAGACUCUCAACCACUGCGCCACCAGGGAAGCCCAGUUUUCUUUUGUAUUUAAAUGCAAUUGAAUUUUGAAUUCAUACUUUUUCAUGAUUCAAAAUUCAAAGAGUCCAAUAGGAGACAUUAAAAAGUCUCCAUUCCAUCCUCCUACUCAUCUAGUUUCCCUUUCCAGAAGCAACAACACUUGUCUUUUGUUUAUUUGUCUUCUAAAGAUAUUCUAUGAACAUAUGUGGAAAUGUUUGUAAAAUGUGUAUAUAUUUUUAGUUUUUGCUCUUUUUCACAUAAGUGGUAAUGCAUUAUGCGUCUGCUGUGCCCUUUGCUAUUUUUAUUUAAUAUACUAUUUCUUAUGUAGUAGACAGAACAAAUUUGAAGUUCCCAGAGGCUGGGCACUAUGACUUGUUUGUUCUAGGUCAUCUUUUCCAUAGUCUCUUAUUAUCUUUCAUAUGAUGUGGUACAUACUAAAGAGUUACUACAUCUACAUUUAGACAACUAGCAUUUGUCGAGUACUUGCUCUAUGACUGUGUUUGGAUUUGGUUUAUUUUGUGUUUCUCAAAGAGAGAAUGUGUUUCUCAAAAUGGGUUUUCCAGGGUACAUGGGGUCAACCUGGCCCUAAAGGACGACUUUAUUGCUAAGUCUGUAUGACAGAAUCAUGUCUGGAACUUGUAUUUUUUCUGUUUUCUCUUGAGUAUAAACUUGAAUUCGAUGUUACACUUGCAAAAUUACAUGUUCUUUUAGGAAAUUCCAGUCAAGUACCUUGACCCUAGACCUUCAUCUGUGCCAGAAAAGGCCUGUGAUGCCUGUGAGCUGUGCCUGAACCCUUGAGUCCCACCAGUUCUCACCACUACACAGGCCUCCUAAGACAUUGCUUUCCAAAAGUUCAGAUGCCCUCUCAGGAGGUCCCAGAGUAUUUCUUCCCUCUUGGCCAUUUACCUGGAUCACUGACAAGGAAGACCUUCUUUGCUUUGCCACAUGUCAAGGCUGAAGAAACAGAAUCUCCAAUAGAACUUUUCCUGUUAUCUUUUUGUACAUGUUCAUUUGCACAAUAUCCCUUGUUUGAGUGACAGUAUCCUUUGUUUGUGUGAAGUACAAGUGAGGAUUCUGGUUCAGCAAGACGUAAAGUCUAUUUACUCCAUUCCUAAAUCUUAAUGCCUUCUUGUGGUGUGGGAUUUGUAAGGCACUUUAUCCCUUUGUCUUGUGUUUCAUUGUAAAUGAUAUAGGCAGAGAUGAUAUCUAGUUCUGCAGUGGAUUGUCACUGUUUACACCUGCAUUAAUUUAAUAAAAUAUUCUUAUUUAUUUUGUUCUUCAGUGCACCCACAUAUCUAUUUUCUUGUUUUCUACAUGUUUUAUAAGACCAUUCCCAGUUCAACAUCCCAAUGGAGACAGUUACUUGGAAUAUCUUCAGCUACCUUCCUAGUUCUUUUUUUCAUAGCUUCUAUGUUUACACAGCAUACUCUUGCAUCCUGUGUGAUGAAAAAAUACCAAAAGAAUUUUUUAAAGAAUGCAUUGAAAAUUUUCAUCCUCUCUCACUUGAUAGCUUCCUUUAGGACAAUACCAAGAAAAGAGUCAAAAUUGUGUUGUCCAAAUUGAAGAUCUGAGGGAAGGGAGAUGGGAGAGAAGUGGUCUUCAAGAGAACUAUAGGGAAAUGAAGGGGCUUUCCUUUAUGAGAGUACGCUUCUCAGAUCAGUAGACAUGGAUAUGCAAGCCCAUGCAUAUGAAGCUGGAUGUAUUUCAAUCAUCAGGUUCUGAAAAGGAAGUGAGAAACCUAGAUUGAAGUCAAGUUGAGGAUUAAGGCCUGGUUCAGGGUGGGACAGUAAGAAGAUUUAAUGUCAACUAAUUUAAUUACUUAGUCAUCAGGCUUACUUUAAAGAGACUUUUGAUCAUUUCUCUAAAUCAGACACUCUCAAAAGAUAAUGAUGACUAUUUCUAAGACUAUAUGUCGGAUUCUAGAUGGUUCUAA